AUGAGUACACACGAAGCCUCCAAUGAGGGAGCUAAUGUUGAGUCGAGUGAGGGCGCUAUAUUUAGGUCCCUCCAACAGAUCAUAGAUAGGUUGGCACGACUAGAAGAUAAUAGACCUCCUGCACCUCCCGAACUUCGCCCUAGAGAACCGCUAGCUCGUCCUAGACGAAACCGAGACCCUAAUCCCGAAUCCCUUAGUGACGACGAGAGUGAUGUAGGACCACGACAUAGACCAAGAGAGAGGGUUGUCGAGGAGAUAACCGAUCAUGAGGAUUACCAUAGACGUAGAGCCCCUACACCGAGAGAGAGGGUAGUAGAAGAAAUCGUUGAACGGAGAUACCCUCCUAGACGUAGAGGCCAUAGGCCCCGGGCUCGAGUUUCCGACGAGGAGUCAGAAUACGACGAUCCACCGCUUAGACCCCUUAGACCAAGAGAUAGGAUACGUGAGGAUGGGUCUGAUGCUAGUGAAACACCAGGACUUAGGGAACACCCUCAUCCUAGAGCAAGACCACCUAGGUGGGCCGACGUUGUCGAGGAAGAAGGAGAGCAUGAACACCGACAACAUGGGAGACAAGGUGAUACACGCACGGAGCCAAGGAAGUCUCGCUAG